AUGAUGGCGGUAGAUUUGACUCCUCAGUUUAGAAGGCUGAAUAGCCAAACUCUGAGUUUUCAUGAAAAUAUUCAAAUUGGGCUCUCUGGACCCUUUCGUGCGACACACUUGUGGCGGAAUAUCAUCCAAGCGCUGCAGGCUCAGGUCGAGGUUCGUAGUCGGCGAAAGCACCUGCGCGUCCACUCCGACUGCUUCACCGGGUCCGACGCGGUGGACGCCGUUCUCAGUUACUUGAUGCAGAAUGUGGUGUUUUGUGCCAGCGAAGUGUCACGCCCGAAAGCCGCACGUCUGUGCCGAGCACUGAUGGAGGCAAAAGUGUUUGAGUCUGUGGGCACGAAGCUUUUCCGUCGGGAUAAGGACACAGCCUUUGAAGACGGUAGCUGCAGCCUCUACCGUUUUCUGGAGUGUAAGUCACUAAGCAGCUCCCUUUCAAAGGACUGUGACAGCGAAAAUGUGACCCAAGGUGAGCUUGAAUCAAAGAAGAAGAAGGUAUCCCGGCAACAUGAGCUGAGGACCUUCUCCAACCCGCUGGCGGUCGGCCCUUCAGAGAGAGGCGUGGCGAGGCUGCUGAGGAGGAUCAACCUGCAGCCAUCUCUGGCCCUCGCACUGGACGACCGCGCCCCCUCGUCUUCCUCCUUCCUCUCCUCUUUACUUGUUGUGGAAGUACCAGAGACGUCAGAGAAACCACUCCAGCAGGAUCUGGACGACUGGCUCCUGGCAGCAGCCGACUGCCUGGAGCUUCUCCUCCCCGACCGGCUGAUCGUAGCGGUGGGGGGGCAGCUGGCCGCCGCCGCGGGGGAGGGGCUCGGGGCCACCGCGGGGGCGGGGCCCGGGGCCGCCGCCGCGGGGGAGGGGCCCAAGAGACUGCUGUUCGACGUCAUAGCUAAGCACUACGGCGGGAGGGAGACGGGCCCGCUGCUGGCAGGACGCUACUCUGACGUGCACGUUGCCAUACAUGGCUUACUGGGCAGUGGUGGCUCCACCAUCUCCUAA